GCAUUUUUAAAGUCGACUCACUUCACUCAGUUCAUUUAAAUGGAAAACAAAUAUUCUACAACGUGUGAUUUCUACUAUUUUGUACUUCUUUUUCACCUCAAAGUCUUACAUUUAUCAGGAAAGCUCAAGAUAUGACAACUCUUCGUGCAAGUACUUCAAACUUUGAAGGAAUGUUCUUGACCAUUCUUUUCCUCAUUGGUCUCGGAGGAAAUGUCGUCUGCUACGUUACAGAAAAUUUUCAAGAAAAUUUGUCAAAAGGUGUGCCUUCUGAUAAACCAUCAUGUUUUCUCUCACCAUCUGAGGUGUCAGUAUCCAGGAGAAGUUCUAAUCAAGGAUUUCACAGGACUGUUCAUACCAAUGUGAGUGUUGCCUUCAGGUUUCCCUGUAAUCAAUGUCGGUUUAUGAUCCUUGAACAUCUACCCACCGGCAUGUUUGUAGACGCUUAUCAACUCAAGAAUCUGGAAGGAUUUGGUGCUCUAGCAGUACUAUUUCUAGAUGAGAUAGAUGUGGAGAAGCCAGAACAUCUUUCACCUAACCACACCAUAGUGAUCUACACACCUCCCAUCAAAACAGCUAGCAGAGAUCACAUGACCAGUCACAUGACUGCAUCCAUUGACCUACCAGUUCACCUCAGGUACCAUGCUCCAUCCAAUGACCCGGAAGUGAAUCAUGCAGAGGUCUACCUCCCACAUCCUGAGCUCUUCAUGUACUGCACAGACUGUUCCCUGGAUGCCUGCUCUAAUGAUACAGCAUUCAUGAGGGCACCAUGUACAGCAGCUAAUCAUACGAUCUGUGCUUGGACACCCCUGGAUUAUACCAUGGACACCUAUGAAGAGCUUGUAUUCAGAGUGCCUAUAGGAAAGGAAUGGCAAAGCCAAGCAGUGACCAUCAUAACCCUUACCACUAUCAUCGUAGGAAUGAUUGUGCUUCUGGUUGCCAUGACAACGAACAAGGAGACUCAGAGGAUGAAGAAAAGAUGAUACAGACUAAAAUUUGAAUGUAAUUACCAUGAUCUGGUUCAUUGACACCAUUCUGAUACAAAUCACCCCCGAGUAGAGCAAGAUUUAUAGCCAGCUGAUAUAACGUACUGCCACCGGAAAUUGCCUUGUAGAUGGUAAAGUCAUCAUCUCACUAUUCUCUGACCCGACAGUUGCCCAACGCUAAGCAGGCUUGGCCAAAGAAGUUCUCGCUGGGACAAUGGGUGAUUUCAAGUCCGGUGUUGGCCUUGGUGUUGGUGUUAGUGUUGAAAUUUGGAUUGCUUCCUCUAGCUC